UUGAUUAAGGAGGUCUUAAAUUCUUGCUUUGAUGCUGGACUUAAUAUAUGCGCUUCAGUUUGUGACUUGGAUGGUGUCAACAAGAAAGCUCUAGGUCUGUUAGGAGCUUCUGUAGAGAAUCCCUGCAUAGAAGACCAAUCAUCAGACAACAAACAAGGAAUUGGAAUCGCUAAAUGGAGCCACAUCAGGCAAUUCUAUGAAUUGGACAAUAAUAAUCCCAACUUUGUAUAUGCACCAUGCUUGACUAAAGAGCACCUUGACCCCAAUACCAAGCAAAAAAUGAGGGUAAAACUUGCAGCACAAGUUUUAAGCCACUCAGUUGCAGCAGGAAUAUAUUCCAAAAUAGCUAAAGGAGACAUUCCGACUGAAGCAGUGGCAACAGCCAAUUUAAUUACGUAUAUGGAUGAACUGUUUGAUGGUAUCAAGCAAACACAAUUAGUGAAGGAUUGCCUGCUUUUGGUCAUAGAAGUAUAUCUUUUACGUGUGGUAAUUCUAUUCUACGUGCAACUAACAUAUCCUGUAAGACAAGAUCGACAAGAGAGAAACAUUUUAGUUAGACAUGUUCCGCUGCAUCUGAUCUCAAGAUUGGAAAAAGUAUGUGCUUGCUGGAGAUCAGCUACAAGGGAAUUGCAACGUCGUGAUCAGCAAGACUCCAAUCGCCCUGAAGACCCACCAGAAGCCAUGGAAUAUCAUUGUAUGCACAUGUAUACUGUGUUUCUCGGUAAUGAUUUUGUUCAGAUGCCAAUUGCUGAGCAACAAUUGACCAUCUUGAAGGAAAAUAUCGAGAAACGCACUGUAGUUGUGCGUAAAAUGCAAUGCAACGUAUACCUAUCUGUAAAAUGCACUGUGCUGUGA